UACAUGCAAGGCUGCAACACCAAAUGCACAGGCGGGUGGAUGGAGUACAGUGAGCAUAGGUGUUUAUAUACUAUUGUAAAUAUUUUUCUUCUAUUAUUAGACAAUAUUUUUAUUAACAGAGAUGACACGUGGAUUCACAGAAACUACAGUCACCAAGUCCUUAACAUAAUCGUUUACCGAAUACCUAGGUAACACUGAAAAUGUUUAGAAAAUGAAAAACGGCUUAAUGUAGAAAGUUGCCAAUACUUUUGUUGUUUUUCGAAGUAAUCUCCAUUCCUCUCUACACAUUGUCGCUUUCGAUGGAACCACUGGGAAAACAGUGGGCCCAUUCUUCCUUAGGGGUCUCUUCUAUGGCAUUUUCGUACGCUUUCACCGCAUCUUCAGGGCUUGUCAAGCGAAUACCUCGAAUUUUAUCUUUAGUUUUGGGUGCGUAGCAAUAUGUCCAGCUUUCAUCACCUGUGACGAUGUCAAAUACAGCAUUUGAGUCACCGCCGCUGAACUUAUCUAACAUUUGGCGACACCAGUCCAUGCGAAGGUGUUUCUGGUCGUCGGUUAAAGUAUGGGGAAUCCUUCUGGUACAAAGCUUCCUAACGCCUAAAUGUUCGUGUAAUAUUUUUUGAACUUCACUCAUACCAAUGCCUAGGCUGUAUCUGCUGAUAGGUCACUCUCUUACCUUCCUCUAUCAUGCGUCGCACAGCACUGAUGUUAUCUUCAGUAGUCGCUGUUAGAGGGACGCCUCACGCGGAUCAUCAUUGAGAUUGCUACGUCCACGCUUACUCGUUAAACCAAUUGUUAAUAGUGGCACGAGAUGGGGCUUCAUUAAGAAAUGAUAACCGCAGCCUAUCAUGGCUUUGUUGUUGAGUAAGCCCACAACGGAAGUCAUCAUCAUAAUAAAUCAUUGACCGAAAAUGUACUCGCGUUAGGUUCAUUUUCACGUGUAACAAGAGUUUUAGCUUUGCCGCCUAUUCACAAAAACAAAUGACAAAUGAAUGUAAUAUACAUACUACAUUAGGUUACCAAAGAGUUCUGAAAUUUUAAUUCAAAAAAGUUUUCAUUAGUAAUGUUUCUAACUCGCCCGUUCUAAAUAUUUUUAGUGUUACAGUAGGUAUGCUCCUACUCUGAAAAUACCUAAACCCAAAAGCAGUACCUACCUAUCUGAUGGUAUGAGACAAUAAAAAAUAUUAAGUUAGUUUGUUGACAUUUAGUUUAUUGAAAGAAGAGAGAAAAUAAAUGAUUUCGAUACAACAAUUUAACCUUAUUUCUUCGUAAUAGUUCCUUAUUUAAACUGUCGUCUGUCAUGUACUGUGUACUCCUACUGUAGACUAUUUAAAGCCGGCUCUAUUAUCGCUUUUAACGCCUUUAAGAAAAUUGCGUGCAAUAAGUAUAAAUUAGGUAUAGUCGAGUAUUUAAAUGUUAAAAUUACCUACACGUAGUAAGUUCAGGGGCCGCAAAUUCUAAGAGGCCUGCGUCAAUGCUUUUGCAUAUUUCCUUUUUUUUCUUGGAGUUUGGCGCAUGCGUAGAAUCACGUUAGUCAGCUGAUUUACUCCGCCCUCGGUUACCCAUGUAUCGCUAUUUUAAUUGUAGUUAAUAAAGGAAUUGAUCAAUUGCCAUUAUGUUAAUUAGGACGUAGUGCACAUUUUCAACAAUAUAUUAGGUAAAUUAGUAAAAAUGAAGGCUGCAGCGAUGUCUGUGUGGAUUUUUAUUAACCUCUUGUGUUUUGGGAUGUGUGGUUACUUAUAUUUAAUAUGGUCUCAAUAUUGGAUGAGUAUUGAAAGACAGAAAUUGUUUAGUGAUUCACAAUUUGGUGCUGCGCGAAAAAGUUCAAGAUUACACUUUCAAGAUGCCUCUCCAGAAAAGUUAGAAUCAUUUAAGAUAAAUAAAUCAUCUUUCUAUGAUUCCAUUCUGAAAUCGCGAAGAUCGGUUGUGCUCAAGACUGGCCAUAUUUCACAGUCUUCCAAUACAAAACUGUCUUCAGAUCGACCGUCCGUUAAUAUAAUUGUGAAAAGUCAUGGAAAGCCUCGUUUUCCUAACUUACAUAAGGCUAUAUUAGAGUUCGAUACGGAUAAGUACGAGUGUGCAGAUUUGACAACAACUGAAUGUGAGGACCAGUCAAGGGAAUUUAGAGAGCUUGUGUUAAAAGAAUUCCACCGUGUCUUAAUGGGUGACAGCAAAGUUUUUACAUCGGGAUUAGAAAAUCAAAAUACCUACGAUGUGAAAUAUGAGAGAGAUGGUCCGUUACGAAAUAGUCGCAAGGAUAUUUUGUGCGCAUUAAAAAAUGUUGCAGUAAAAACGGUGACAGCAAAUGAUGAACCAUUUUUAGAUUUAGGUUAUUCAAUCCCAAAAUCUCCGUUACAAGGAAAUCGGCUGUAUAACACGUGUGCGGUUGUGACAAGUGCUGGAGCAUUACUGGGAUCUCGAUUCGGAAAAUUUAUUGAUUCUCAUGAGAUGGUGCUUAGAUUUAAUAACGCUCCAACCGAAAACUAUACUGAUGACGUCGGUUCCAAGACGACCUUCCGUAUCCUCAAUUCUCAGGUUGUCUCUAAGCCACAAUAUAAGUUCCUUGAAGACCCUUUAUAUAAAAAUGUAUCAAUAUUAAUAUGGGAUCCCGCUAACUACUCCUCAACCCUUGAAGACUGGUAUAAUCACCCUGAUUUUCCUCUGUUUUCUGUUUACAAAAAGUUACUCGAGAUUCGACCAGAUUCUGACGUUCAUUUGCUAAAUCCUACGGUGCUAUGGCGUCUAUGGAAUUUAUUACAACAUCUGUCGCCUUAUAGAUUAAGAAAGAAUCCUCCCUCUUCAGGUUUCAUAGGCAUUUGGUUCGCCCUACAUCGAUGUCACCGCGUACGCGUCUUCGAGUACGUACCAUCCGUACGUGCGACUAAACGUUGCCACUAUUACUUGACAGGUGACGACCCUGGAUGUACACUUGGUGCGUGGCACCCCCUAGCCCAGGAAAAGGCAUUGGCGGAUAGGAUACGUGAUAAUUCGGACGUGGACGUCUUCCAAAGAGGCUUCAUUGAUAUACUGGGGGUUAGGAAGAUGACAUGUGAUGUUUAGGAAUUAAAAUGAAGCGUCGAAAAACAUCGGAUAGACAAAAUGUAAAUUAGAUGCUGGAGAAUUUCCCAAAUGUUUGGUGAAUAAAUCAAAUAUGACUUGCAAGUAUUGUAUUGCAGAAACGAUUAGAAAAUUAAUCUCGACAAUGAAUUAGAUUAGCGUUAUUCAUUUGUUAUUACCGAUUUUUUCGAUCCUAUAUCUAUCUACAUCGGGCGUGAGUAGAAUAGACAAUAGACAGGACAUGUAUAAAGAAUGUUCUGCGGUACAACUAAACUAUACAAUAAUUUAGUAAAAGAUAAGUAUGGUGGGAUCUACACUCCCCAAAACAGCCCGAGCUGUACUGCCAAAGCGAUUCCAUAAAAAUAAGUCUGACUUGCAUUGCUUGGAUAGCAAGGAAAGUUAGGCAUAAAAAAAAAGAAGUUUAAUACACAUAUAUACUAGUGUAUUUAACAAUAAAAUAUAUAAAACGGUUCAUGUUAAUUUAUUAAUAAAAAAUAAAAUGAGUAGAUAAGCUAAUGAACUGAAUAAGGCAUUGUUAGGUAUCAUUAAGGUCGGUCCUAUUUACGAAAAUAAGUACAUUUCUAUACUUAAUACUAUUUAUAAGACAUUAUAAGAAUGCUUUAUUCAUUAUAGAAAAUUUUGCUAUGGUCUAUAUUUUGCAUCCUACGUCUUCCAUGUACGAUAUUUUAUGGUAGAGCGAAAAUAGAGGUAGAGAGAAAACUAAUAAAUGAUCUCACCAGCCGACUAUCGUUUCAACGACAAUUUUAGCUGUCAAUUUAAUGAAAUCACUUCAUGUUUUGCCGCAUCAUUAAGUACUUGGUUUUACAAUUACCCCACAAAAGGUACAUAAAAACUGCACGUUUAUGAGCAUUUUAAACUAAAUAAUAAAAGCCAUAUAUUUCAGAUAUUUUUACAUUUAUAUUUCUUUCAUCUCAUUCAUUUCUAGAUAUCUGUGUGCCCUUUUUUGGCAAAGGCCUCCUUCAAAUCCCACCAUUUCUGUUUGCACAUUGCCACUCUGCCAUGUACCACCUGCUGUUUCAUUAAUCUGGUCUAUCCACCUCGUAAUUUCCUUUUGCCUUUAUUGUCCCUUUACCAUUGCACUAUUGAGAUGAAAGGAAUAGAUAAAAUAAAGAAUGCAUCAUUAAGAAGAAUAACUAAGAUUAUACUAUUUGAUAGAUUUUGUCCAACAAACUAUCCUAUACGAUGACAUGCUCCAAAUGUAACGUUCAUACAUAUAACAAUUCAAUUGUGCGUAUUUUUGAUUGAAAGCUUUUUAAAGAAUCAACUACAUCGCGUUGUGUGUAUUAAAAAUGAAUACUCAGAUUCUGAAUAAAACAGAAGAAAUAUAAUAUGAAGCAAGUGGUCGCUAAGGCUUAUUAUUAUUAUAUAAUUGAUAUUAUCGCUUGGGAAUUAAUUGUAUUUAUAAACAAUUGAUAAUAUUAUAUAUAAAAUCCAACUCUACCUUCACUAGCGAGUUUUACUACGUAUAGUUUUUAGAAAGCAAUGCCGUUAAGAUUACUGCGAAUAGUGUUAAUAAUUAAAGUAGAAUAGGUGGUCAAACUAUCAGUCAUUAGAAGUUUUUACAUUUGUUACUGAAGACUAUGGCAAUAAAUAAAAGUAUGUUAUUUAAA